AUUUUAAAUGUAUACAAGAAGUCGAGAAAACCGACAACUUUUAUCCAGACUGAAUGGUGGUUAAUCCAUUUUCUCCACAUGGGCCUUGAAUGCAGCAUACCAUUCAAAGCAGCGGUUCGCAGUAGCGCUGUUCAUUCACCGGAGAGGUAGCGCCAUCUUGUGGCCGUUCGGCUGAAUUUAUUAACUUCACACAGCUACGUGUCUCCCGGUCCGACUACGUUAAAUCCCGCAUCCAGCUUCCUUCUUCAGACAAGCAAGCAGCAUUGUAGCAGACAAAACCAAGCGCCAGACAUGGGAGAAAUUAACCUGCCACGACGCCUGUUCCUUUGGUGCAUGGCGGUCAUCUACAUGAUCGCUUUCGUCUCCCUUUAUGUGCAGAUACCAGGUCUUUAUGGUAAUGAUGGGCUGCUGCCUGCCCGUUGGCAGCUGCGAUACAGUGGGAAGUCUCUGCUGGAGCAGCUGCUGUCUUCUCCUACACUUCUGUGGCUGGGACCUCGGCUCGGCCUGGACACUCAGGCUGCCAUGGAGCUGCUGUGUCUCGUAGGGGCCGCGCUGAGCCUUGCCGCCUCGCUGGUGGAGGCUCUCCGAGACAGCGUGGUGUUUUUCUGCCUCUGGGCCUUGUAUCUGUCCAUGUACCAAGUGGGCCAGGUUUUCCUCUACUUCCAGUGGGAUAAUUUGCUUUUAGAGACAGGGUUCCUUUGCAUCCUUGUGGCUCCGAUGACAUUAAUCAGGGGCUCUCGAGCAGUCAGGCAUCAUGACCGUGUCACCUUCUGGCUGAUUCGUUGGCUCCUCUUCAGACUCAUGUUUGCUUCUGGAGUGGUGAAGCUCACAUCAAGAUGUCCCACAUGGUGGGGCCUUACAGCGCUGACUUAUCAUUAUGAGACUCAAUGUAUCCCCACCCCACUGGCAUGGUUUGCCCACCAGUUGCCAGUGUGGUGGCAGAAGCUGAGUGUGGUGGGAACCUUUGUUAUAGAGAUUGCUGCACCUUUUCUCUUCUUCAGCCCACUGCGCAGGCUGCGACUUGGAGCUUUUUACUUGCAAGUGCUGCUUCAAGUUCUCAUCAUUCUGUCUGGAAACUACAACUUCUUCAACCUGCUGACCCUGAUUCUCUGUCUGUCUCUUCUGGAUGAUCGACAUGUAAAUUUCUGGCUGCGCAAGACAGAUGAGACCAAAGAUGAAGACAAUGACUCGAAGCUUCAGUCGUGGCUGUGCUACCUGCUGGAGUUGGCAGUCUGGUCUCUCAUGAUCUUUGGAACAAUUAAAUACUUUGAUCUGCAGGUGGAUACAACUAAGAAAGGCAUCUCAUCCCGGACAGCAUUCACAUUCCACCAGUUUAACGUGUUUCUAAAGACUGUGACUAUCCCCUGUGUCUGGAUUGGGAUCCUCUCUCUCACCUGGGAAAUGGUCACAUCUAUGUUCAGGUGUGCAUGUGUCUCUGGUUUCCUGAGGAGGUUUUGGGGAAUGAUCCAGUGGACAGUGUUUGCUGCUGCCACUGCUUCCAUGUUUGCUGUCAGUCUGGUGCCAUUCACCUACAUAGAGUAUGACUCUCAUGCCCGGUUGUGGCCCGGUGUGCGUCAGGCAUAUGAGGUGGUAGAUCGGUACCAGCUGGUCAACUCAUAUGGUCUGUUCAGAAGGAUGACUGGGGUUGGUGGAAGACCGGAAGUUGUCAUCGAAGGAAGCAACGAUGGUGCGACAUGGACGGAGAUUGAGUUCAUGUAUAAGCCAGGAAACCUGAGUGCAUCUCCUCUUGUGGUGACUCCACAUCAGCCCAGAUUGGACUGGCAGAUGUGGUUUGCCGCCCUGGGAACUCAUACGCAGGCUCCGUGGUUCACCAGCCUGAUGUACAGACUGCUGCAAGGCAAAAGAGAUGUAAUUGAGCUGAUCCAAACAGACGUAUCCAAGUAUCCCUUCCACCAGCAGCCUCCUGUGUACCUCCGAGCCCACCGCUACAGAUACUGGUUUACUUUGCCAAAGGCUGACGGCUCUUACCCACCAAGUUGGUGGCGGAGGGUCUACGAUGAAGAAUUUUAUCCCAUUGUCCACCUUGGAAACAACUUCCUGGAGAGCAUGCUCAACCAGUUCGGACUCAAGGACAAAUCCACUUCACGUCGUGUAUCCAACACCAUCCUUGCCCAGGCAGUGAGGUGGGUGCGCUCCCAGGUUAGAGGUGUUUAUGCCCACACGCUAAUCUGGACCCUCGUUGCCUGCAGCGCCACCUUCUGUCUGCUCCAGGGUGUCCGAAACGGAAACAAACGCAGAAAGAACCUUGUUCACAAUGCUGCUGCCACUGAGAGCGAUGACAAACAGGAUGUUUCUGAUGGCUCUCUACACCAUUGUGAGGAGGAAGAUGAGCAGCAACAAGAAGAGGAGGAAGAGGAAGAUGAGCAGCAACAAGAAGAGAAGGAAGUCAACGGUGGAGAUGAAGUAGAGGAGGGCGAAGGAGAGGGUAAAGACAUGGUUAGUGAGAAUGAUGAAGAGGAUGAGGAAGAUGACAGGAUGGAAAGAUGAGAUGUAGACAAUACUGCCAUAGACUCCUAUCACCACCUGCCUUCAUGAAGUUCUACAGAAGACCAAAGUUGUUUUGUGUCUAUUUUUUCCUCAUCAACCACUUGCCUAUUUUUGCCUACACCUUGCUGCACUUCAUAGUACACAUCUGUGUUUCCUCUAAUCACUGUGGAGCAGUGCAUUUUGAAUAAAAUGUACCUGGUUGGUUCAGACACUCGCUUAAAGGCUUAAUGUGAAACCAAUCAGAAACAUGAUGAAUAAAAGCAGAGUAUGUAAUUUAAAUGAUAAAAUAGACUGUUUUUUUUUCACCAGAGUAAAUGUAUUGCAUCAAUGUUACUGCCGCUGUUUCCUGUUUUUACACUUUCAGUUGUGUCUUGCUGUAUGUCCAGACAUAAAAGCUACAAGCACUGUUUUUUCCACAAAUAUAUAUAUUUUUUUGUAUUAUAAAUGAAAUGCCCCGGAGGAUUCUGCAGUAGUUUUGAAAUAUUUUUUAAUGCGUUGAAAUG